AGGCUGAGUGCCUACUCUCCCUCUCUCUCUCUCUCCAACUGUGUCACUCUAUUUAUCCACCACAAUCCUCCUUCCUUUCUCCAUCUUGCAUGCCAUGUUGCUCUCACAGAAGCAGCAGGAGUGGUCAUAGAAAACAAAAGUAGUGAGAAAUGGGAAGAUCUCCAUGCUGUGAGAAAGUGGGUCUCAAGAAAGGACCCUGGACGCCGGAGGAAGACCAGAAGCUGCUUGCCUACAUUGAGAAGCACGGCCAUGGAAGCUGGCGUGCAUUGCCUAUCAAAGCCGGACUUCAAAGGUGUGGCAAGAGCUGCAGACUCAGAUGGACCAACUAUCUCAGACCAGAUAUCAAGAGAGGCAAAUUUAACUUACAAGAAGAGCACACUAUCAUCCAACUCCAUGCUCUUCUUGGCAAUAGGUGGUCUGCUAUUGCAACACACCUUCCUAAGAGAACCGACAAUGAGAUCAAGAACUACUGGAACACACAUCUGAAGAAGAGGCUGGCCAAGAUGGGAAUUGAUCCAGUGACUCACAAGCCUAAGAGUGAUACACUUGGGAGUCAGUCCAAGAGCGCCGCAAGUCUCAGUCACAUGGCUCAGUGGGAGAGUGCUCGUCUCGAAGCUGAGGCAAGACUCGCCCGGGAAUCCAAGUUUCGGUCUGUUUCCACCUCCUUGCACCAUCACAACUCGCUGUCUCUGGGCUCAACCUCCUCGUCUUCGUCAUCCUGCUCCUCCUCAGCCACUCCUCUAGAUCAUGAUGUUCUCCAAGCCUGGACGUUCUCCGGGGUGGGACUUAUAGACGAUAACCAUUCCACAAUUUGCCACAACAUGGAAAGUGAGGAGGUCGAAUGGAAAUGCUUAUUUGGAAAGCCCCGGCAGAUGGACAACUUCACCAGUUUAGUCAUUUCUGUGGAUUCAUCCAAUGUCGGAACUGUGUCUUCUGAUGCAGGGGAUGAACUCGACAUAGUCGGGUUCACUGGCAUGUUGCUGGAUAACUCGUCAGACAAUGCUGAGGAACGCAGCAGCUGUGCUGAGGAAGACGAAGAGAGCAAGAGAUAUUGGGACAGCAUUCUCAACUUGGUAAACUCAGAUUCUCCUUCCGACACACCACAGCUGCCUCCACUGUUCUAGAUCAAUUAAUUUGUUUUAUUAUUAUUUUACUGCAGAGGUUGGAUUUGGAUUUUACUGCUGAGAUACUUUCAGUUAUAUUUGAAUUGUCUUCCACUCAAUGAAUCCUCAGUAAAAUUGUCAUCCUGUGUUUUCUAGGAA